CCUACUUUAUAUGGCUGUCCUUUGUUUCAUUCCCACGAUCUUCUAUCGUGACAUGCUACUCACCUAUCUCCAGUGAAUAAUAGUUUAUAGCAGGUCUUGUGAGCAAUGUGAUCUGCUGGAGAUGUCGAAUUGUAUAAAUUUUGAUUCAUAGGCUGCUUGGAUAUGAUUCUUUCAUAUAGAUUCCUAGGUAACCAGCGUCUGAACCAGCAAUUUGUUUUCAAAACUUGUAAUCUCAUCUAGUUCAGUGAACUAUUGACUGUGGUGACAAGUGGUAAUGUCACGAGGCGCUAGUCAUCGGGUCUCAUACUUCCCGAGACCUCAAAUCCCUCUAAGACGACAUCAACUCCCGCUAUACCUCAUUCUACGUAUUGCCUUUGUUUAGAUUAGACUGUGAUGGGAAGGUUGGGUACAUAGUGGCGUUGGGAUUUUCGUAGAGUCAGUGUAUUCGUCAGUAGGUGGCGGUAUUAGAUACUUAAGAUCAUGACACCCGUCUACUAUCCUGUUCUUUCAAGACCUCUCAAACUUGUUAGCCUCUACAUACAACGUAAUACCACAUAACCAUGAGAUUCUCCAAGACAGCCGCCUUUGCUAUUGCCAGUACGGCACUGGCCCAGCGCCCCGAGGACACCUCGAUCUGCGACUAUUACACGACAGCUCUGCUCAAAGAUAACACGGCUGAUAACCAGGCUACACUGCUGACACUUGUUGUCAAUACCGUCGUAAUUGGGAACUAUACAGAACCCAAUGUCGGCGUAAAAGUGCCGGGUAUCCUAGCACCGGGAAAAUUCAAUGCCACCGAUGUCAACCUCUUGCCAUACUUCACCGGAGAGCUCGCUUCCAGCAAUCGUGGCGGUAGUCGCGGGGUGUCUGUCAAUUUCCUCGAUGGAGGCGGUGCUGAACCAUUGAAGAAGAACAAGCCUGCCAACACCGAGAGCUCAGCGCAAUACUUCCUCCUCACGCAUUUGUACCAGUUCUUCGGGUCGUUGUUAGGUUGCUCGAAGCAAGGGAUGCCAGGAUUCGACCCAUAUGAGGGCCAUGCCUCGAUGUACGAAGUACAUAAGUUCAUGGACUUGGACCCGUAUGAAGUUGGGUACUUCAUUAGCCAGGUUGGUCUGGCUGCCUCUUCUUUCGGUGUUGCAGACUCCGAUAUCGAAGUUGUCGCUACGGCGCUCAAUUCCCUCUUCGGCUACCGGUGCGCACCACCCACCACCGUCAUCGAGUCGCAGGGUGCCCAGCUACAAGCGAUCUGCAUUGACGAGACCUGUCCGCUUGCAGAGGAAGCUAUGUGUGAUAAGUACGGGCCGGUCGUCGAGCCUUCUUCUGUUCCGCCGAGUAAUUCGAUGUCUACUACGCCUACAGCUUCCUAUCCUUCUACCCCCAAACCGACUGGAUCCGGUAACACCACCUCGACUUCUAGCUCAUACAUGUCGCCCCAUCCUACAUCAAUUCCUACAGCUGGUGCCGCCGCCGCUGGAGGUAUUGUUGCCUUCUUAUUGUAAGAAAGUUUUAUUGAUCAGUGGUGUGUUU